CCGACAUAAAAUAGAAAGUCGGUAAUUGGUGACAAAAGUGUCACUAAUAUAUAUAAUACGUUGAUAUUGUCCAAAUGUAUGCCUGAACCGGUGACCAGUAACAUAUCAACAUGAAACUGUCUAAAGCGCUCUGUAAAAACAUACCGUUGCCGCGCUUUACAGCCAGCAGGCUUACUCGCAGGGCCAAUAUGGCAGAGCAAGAGAGGGCAACGUUCUACUAUUCUAACCUAUUCUGUGUAGCAAUCACAGCACUACCUAUCGCGUAUUUACUAAAGGCUAACUACUGGAGUUGCCCUGAACAGGAGAACCUUCAUUACGUGCUCAAGCACAACGAGCACUACAUCAAAUCACCUAAGCAACUACCAUUGUAAUUUUUGUAGAUUUUU